AUGCUUCAUCGAAGACUUCUCUUUGAUGAUGGUCGAGGUGUUGGAGAACCAUUAAAUGAAACUGGAGUAGAUGGCCAUGGAUUGAUAGUUAGAGGGAAACAUUAUAUUUAUCUGGAUAGAAAAGAACCAUCUACAGUUUUUCAUCGACAACAGGCAGUUGAAAUUUUCUUUAAACCAACUGUGUCUUUUUCUGAACUAAAGACUUCACCCCAAAAUUGGUCUUCCAUCUUCCACACUCAAUGGCAAGCCAUCAAAUCUCAUGUUCCUCCGAAUAUAAACCUUUUGACUUUACAACAAUGGGGAAGACACAAAUUGUUAAUCCGUCUUGAGCACAUUUUUGAAAAGAACGAAGGACCUCUUUCUAAGCCUGCCACCAUCUCACUGAGUGAUUUUUUCAUUUCAUACAAUAUUACAUCAGUUGAAGAAAUGGUUCUUGGUGCCAAUCUAAAACUCUCUGACCUUCACAGACUCAAAUGGCAUGCAAACAAUAAAUUUCCAGAUGUCCAUAUCAAGUCUCACCAUUCCAUAAAUGUUACUCUUUAUCCAAUGGAAAUCAAAACAUUUAUUGUAGUCUUUAAUAAAGACAAAUAA